ACUACUUUUCAUAUAUUCAGAUAACCACUAACAUUGAUUGUUGUUACAUUUUGAUUACAGUGCAACAAAACAAACCAAACAAAAAAGAUAUUGGAAUUAACUUCUUGUGUUGCAAGAGGGGAAAACAAAACAAAACAAAACAAAACAAAACAACAAAAAACCCAGGAAAGAAUCCUGACCACAAAAACCAUGAGAGAUCGCCUGCAAGAGCUUAAACUGAGAGUUAAGGAACUACAGAUAGCUGGGGAAAACAAUGGUGCAACUGUACAGGAAGAGGAGCAGGAGGAGUUUGAACAGCAGGCCAUUAUUUAUGAAAAAGAGCCCAUAACUGAAAGGCACUUGCAUGAAAUCCAGAAGCUUCAGAACGAAAUUAAUAAUCUGGUGGAAGAAGUCAGUAAAUUCAGCCAACAACAAAAAAGCCUGGUGUCUUCAAUGAGAAGGUUCAGCGUUCUCAAGAAGGAAUCUAACAUAGCAAGGGAAAUCAAAAUUCAAGCAGAACACGUACGCAAAUGUUUGGAUGAGCUGUCAAAAGCGGUGAGGAGAGCUGAAAACGAGCACGGGCCGGCCCGAGCCACGGUGAGGAUCCUGGCAGCCCAGCACGCCUUCCUGUCCCACCGCUACCUCCAGGCCAUGCUCUCCUACAACGAGGCCAUCACCGCCAAGCAGGACAAGUGCAGGACAUUCAUCCGGCGCCAGCUCGAGGUAGCUGGCAAAGAGGUGUCUGAAGAGGAAGUCAAUGACAUGCUCCAGCAAGGAAAAUGGGAGAUCUUCAAUGAAAAUCUACUCACUGAAGUCAAGAUUACUAAAGCUCAGCUGUCAGAGAUCGAGCAGAGACACAAAGAACUGGUCAAUCUGGAGAACCAGAUCAAAGACGUGAAAGAACUCUUUAUCCAGAUCUCAAUUCUGGUGGAGGAGCAAGGGGAGAUGAUCAACAACAUCGAAAUCUGCAUGAACAACACUCAAGAAUAUACUCAGGUAUCUAAAGAAAAGUUUGGCCUUGCAGUCAGGUAUAAAAAAAGAAACCCUUGCAAAGUGAUUUGCUGCUGGUGCUGUCCGUGCUGCAGAUGACACAAGAAAUGAACUGCUUGGAAUAUCAAUGGUUCCUCCACACCAAACUGAUCUUGGAAAGCAUUUUUGGGAUCCCUCAACUGCUUCACUUUUCUUCCCAUUUUACCUUCAGCAGAGCUCUCUCUCCAUUUUCCAUAACAGAGUAAAGAAUUACAUGGUUUUCACAGAAACACAUGAACUACAAGAAAGGAUAAAAGGAUAAAAGUGACAUUUUUUCAUUCUUCUAAGCUUCUUCAAAGUUUAGAAUUUCUCAAGUUUAGUUUGGUUCUUCAAACUGAAACAGUGUGACAACAAACUCCCUGUGCUGUUGGGAAGCAUUAAAAAUACUGGUAAUCUCAAAGACAGGAU